AUGGCGCUGGAAGCUGGCGACAUGGGAGGGCAGCUCUCCGACUCGGACUCCGACAUGACGGUGGUCCCCAGCGACAGGCCGAUGCAGAUGGCGAAAGUACUAGGUGAGGGCAGUGUUGCAUGCGCGCCGGUAUCAAACUAUCGGACAGUUAAGAAUGUGGAUUCAAGUGAGGAGAGUGUGGAUUCAGAUGAAGAGUGCUCUCCUUGGAAACACAAGCGACAAAAAUGUUUUAAUACUCCUCCCAAACCAGAGCCUUUCCCGUUUGGUCAGAGCAGUCAGAAAACCGCUCUCAACGGAGGAAAGAAGGUGAACAACAUUUGGGGUGCCGUGCUCCAGGAGCAAAACCAAGAUGCAGUGGCCAUUGAACUCGGCAUCUUGGGGAUGGAGGGCACCAUUGACAAAAGCAGGCAGUCUGAGACCUAUAAUUAUUUGCUUGCUAAGAAACUGAAGCGGGAAUCUCAAGAGUAUACAAAAGAGUUAGACAAAGACCUAGAUGAAUAUAUGCGUGGUGACAAAAAACCCGGGUCAAAGGAAGAAGAGAACGGGCAGGGUCAUCUCAAACGGAAGCGGCCCGUCAAAGAGAGACUGGGUCACAGACUGGAAAUGAACUACAAAGGCCGCUACGAGAUCACAGAAGACGACGCUCAGGAGAAAGUGGCUGAUGAAAUUGCUUUCAGGUUACAGGAACCGAAGAAAGACCUGAUAGCCCGAGUAGUGAGGAUAAUUGGGACCAAAAAGGCCAUUGAACUUUUGAUGGAAACUGCUGAAGUUGAACAAAAUGGUGGUCUUUUCAUAAUGAAUGGUAGUCGAAGAAGAACACCCGGUGGGGUUUUUCUGAAUCUCCUGAAGAACACUCCUAGCAUCAGUGAAGAGCAAAUUAAGGAUAUUUUCUACAUUGAAAAUCAAAAGGAGUAUGAAAAUAAAAAGGCUGCUAGAAAAAGAAGAACACAGCUAUUGGGGAAAAAAAUGAAACAAGCUAUUAAAAGUUUAAAUUUUCAAGAGGAUGAUGAUACAUCACGAGAAACUUUUGCAAGUGACACUAAUGAGGCCCUGGCCUCUCUUGAUGAAGCCCAGGAAGGAGCUGGUGAAACCAAGCUGGAUGCUGAGGAAGCCAUCGAGGUGGACCACACUCAGGAUUUGGACAUCUUUUAGGCACAUUUUGGACAUUUUGAAGAAUAAACCUUUGUAAAAAAAAAAAAAAAAAAAUCGUUUCCAUUUCUACUGAGGUUGCUGUACUAUGCACUGAAUCUGAGGAAGGAGAGCUGUUUCUGUUUCUGCUUGAAAUAAAUGUGUAUGAGGGCAGUCGAUGCCAUUGAUGGCGGUGUUUAGAGAUGGAUGGCUGUGGCUGACAGGUGUACAGCACGGGCCUUGCUUCUCACUCUGCUGCAUGUACUGACUGGUAACGCCUCGUUCCACCUGCAGUCACUGUCCAGCUCACUGUUGGAUGCCAUUAAGAAGCUUUUUUUCCUGAGUUAUCUUUGUGCUGAACUAUGCUUUGGUUUCAACACAUUCCAUUAAAAUAUGCUAUAAUAUG